AUGUUGGAAAGUGGAGCUGAUGUGAAUGCACAGGACAAGGGUGGAUUGAUCCCAUUACAUAAUGCUUCAUCUUACGGGGUAAGUCUUACAAUCUUGCCAAGAAUGCGUGAAGCAAAAAUCAAACCAAUCAGGGUGCAGAUGCAUAAAAGACUUCUCAGGAAAUAAAACAGUCAUAAUCAUGCUCUAGUCAGUCAGUUGAAGUUUACCUGAAGAGGUAAGUGAUGGAUUUUCUUUGAAUGUGCGCUGUAGUCCUAUGCAACAGUGAAUCGAACACACUUUACUAAACUGUGAUUAUUGUCCAAGUCCUAAUUGCUAGUGGCCUGUGUGCUUGCCGAUUGAACAGCUCAUAACUAAAAGUUUCUUUAACGGCAAUGUUUUACUUGAGGAGGAUAGAAUAAUAGUCGUCUACAUUUGUUGUGGUUCUAAAACAAGUCCUGGGUUAUAUUCUUGCAGCAUGUGUGGACAUUGCAUCUCUUCUGAUAAAGCACAAUACUGAUGUCAAUGCUACUGAUCGCUGGUUGUUUACCCCUCUACAUGAAGCUUCCCAGAAAGAGAGAACACAGCUUUGUGCUCUUUUGGUAAGUGACAGACUGUCUUUAUGAAGUUGCAUUUUCAUGUUUUUCUAUCGGUAUUGAUUGCAAUAAAUUAAGGCUAUCCAUAACAUGUGCCUUACCCUGCGAGCAGAGUUUCUCUCUUGCAUGGUUUUAGUGAUAAUAAAGUCGUUUGUCUGGCUUGUCUGUCGCGUAGUUGGUUUGUUUUAUACGCCCCAGGGCGUAAAAACACCAACUACGCGACAGACAAGCCGCGCGAAUGACUUCGUAAACGCUAAAAGCCAUGCAAGAGAAAAACCUCUGCUCGCAGGGUAAAGAUGCCUUUAAAAUGCCAGAAAAAUGUUUUCCCAGUAAUUUCGGCGUUUUCUUCGGGUUGAAUUUUUGUGUUAAAAAUGAUAAUUAGAAAUGAUUGUUCAUACCAUAACAUUGAAUUUUGUUGUCUACAGUAGGUAGGGGUCAUAAAGUAAAGGAAGCAUAAACUCGGACUAUAAAAACCAUACCCUACAGUACGCAGUUAUUAUGGGGCUGACAGAAUAUUUUGGUUGCUUUAACAAUUUGCAGCUGGCCCAUGGCGCAGACCCCACAAUGAAGAACCAGGAAGGUCAGACAGCUUUAGAUCUUGCAACGGUAAAAUCUUAAACCCUGCUAAUAGAAAACCAUAGGUAUAUUUUUAUUGUAGGUUGUGUGAUAUCCACAAGGGAGUUUGCGAUUUGUGUUUUCAUACGUUAUGCGUACAUAUUAUGCUCUUGAAUGAGACAGAUUUGAAAGGAGCAGUUUUCUAAAAAGGCGUCACAUGACAUAUGUUAGGAAAAGAAAGCAUUCAAUCGAAAGAGGUCUAUAUGACAGAGAUUAAGUUUAAAAAGCGACAGUUCGAGUGGUCUUGUUUCUGAUUUACUGUGUGGAAUUUAUUUGUGUGUGGGUAUUUGAAAGGCAGUUAAAUUGUUAGGUUUUCUUGAAUAAGCUAAAAAAUACAAACUUUCAAGCUACGAAUUUGCUUAUUUGAUAACGAACCAGUUAUCGUAAAAAAUUGUUUCAUCUAGUAAAUUAUGAGGCAGAGAUGAAUUCAGUGGUUUCUGUCAUUAGAGAGCUUUAGAUUCUACGACGAGGACGACUACGAGUACGAGAUGUUUUCAAUACUAAGUAGAGCUCGCGCGUGAACCAACGUCAUUUUGGCGGGAAACGUGAUAGCCGUCGUCAUUGUAUUACGAGUUUUAGCAAGAAUAGGGAGUUUUAGCAUCGACGACGGCAACGGCCGCGAAAACGUCAGUUUUGAAUUUUUCAAUCUUUGUCGCGUUUAUUCCAAUUUGCUAAAAAAGGCAAGUGUAGGCGAAUUUCCCUGGAGUUGAAUUCUUGAGGACCGCACUCAAGUUUAGAGAGAGAAAAAGAGAUUCGUCGUAGUCGUGCUAGGACGGUAAAGAAAUGUACCAAAAAGUAUGAUGCACGUGCAAAGUUGUUGUUUUGCGUAAUAAACGUUUUACCAUUUUGACGUCCUCGUUGCCGUCGCCGUCGUCGUUGCUAAAGCUCCCUGAUGUCGUAGUGGCGGAAACGAGUUGUCAAAUGAUCGCAAAUGUUAGACGCUUUAUAAUUUUGCGAUCAGGAGAGGUUUUAACCUCCUCCAAUAAGAAUAACAGUGCAAACAUUUCUGGUGAAGAAAUUACAAUGAAGCAUUCGAUUCCAGGGUAUCUAUUUUUUGACAAUACACAAAAAACUGUCUGAAAAUCAAAUUUAGCACUCGUAUUCGUUCUCGUCUUCGAAUCUUUAAGUCUCUAUUAACUCUGACUGUGAUUCCAACACUAACAGCAGGUAUAUUGUUGUGUAAUUAUGUACAUGUGUUUUUGAUUGACAGGCUGAAGAUGUGAAAUGCUUACUGAGUGACGCCAUGAUGGCAUACGUUGCUCCCGCGACUCCCAAUGUGACGUCACCACCUGCUACUCCAAACAGCAGUAAUA